AACAAACCCACGAGGGUUGCACUGGUAGAUAAAUAGGGAAAAGGAGAAUUUUAAGUAAAUCUUAGUGAGGAUAGUUAAGCUGUAUUUUUUGUUACAACUUUCCAAUUUACUUUUCAAUUUUAUAAAAGUAAAUAAUUUAGAUUUAUUGUAUAGUUUUAAAAAAUGUCAAGACCGGAACACUUGGCGCCUCCAGAAAUAUUCUAUAAUGAUGAUGAAGCUAGGAAGUAUACACAAAAUUCUAGAAUGAUAAACAUUCAACUAGAAAUGGCAAGUAGGUGCUUGGAAUUGUUAAUGUUGCCUGAAAAUCAGCCUUGUUUGCUAUUAGAUUUAGGCUGUGGGUCAGGAUUAAGCGGUAGUGUUGCAGAAGAAUCAGGGCAUAUCUGGUUCGGAAUGGAUAUCUCUGAAUCUAUGUUAAAGAUUGCUAAAGACAGAGAAGUUGAAGGAGAUUUAUUGUUAGGUGAUAUAGGAAAUGGUGUUCCUUUUCAACCUGGUACUUUUGAUGGUGCAUAUAGUGUUAGUACUUUACAAUGGCUAUGUAACGCUGAUAAAUCAUCACAUAAGCCAGCUAAAAGACUUCAUACAUUAUUUUCUACGCUACUUGCUAGUUUAGGUAGAAGUGCUAGAGCUGUUUUUCAGUUUUAUCCUGAAAAUGUUCAUCAAACUGAUUUAGUUGUUACUCAAGCAAGGAAAGCAGGAUUUUUUGGAGGCUUAUUAGUUGAUUUCCCAGAGAGUACUAAAGCAAAAAAAUACUUUUUAGUUUUAAUGACUGGUGGAGCUAUGCCUAUGCCUGCUGCACUUAGUUCAGAUAAUUCACAAGUCAAUUUUACUUCUAAACGAGAAAAUAUGACUCGAGGGCGUGCAUCUAAAUUAACAAAAAAAAGUAGAGAAUGGAUCCUUGAAAAGAAAGAAAGAAGAAGGCGGCAAGGUAAAACAACUCGAGAAGAUACAAAAUAUACUGGACGAUCAAGAAGUGGACGAUUUUAACUAUCUUAUUAUUAAAUAUUGUUUAAUAUCUAUUAAUGUUAUUAUUAUCUACUCUUUAGAGAAAUUUUAAUUUUUUAUAAUUUAAACUAUAUAAAAUUAAAGGAAUUGCUCAUUAAUAA